AGUCAAUUCCAAGACCAGACUGGGAGCGUGGCUUCCUCCGCGUUGGAACUACGAGUCCCAUGGUUCCUCGCGCGGCGGCGUGCCUCUAAGCCCUGCGAGCGGGCACGGAGGGUCGGAGCACGUUGUUAGUGGGCGCGGCUGGCCCUGAGUGGUGGAGGCCUAGUGUUUGCUCGUCCUCCGCUCGGCCGGGUCGCCCCUGCCGAGGCAGCUCCUCACGGCCCGUGCGGCGGGAAUCCGUGGCGACGUCCCCACGUCCUGAGAGUCUCUGUAGAAGCUGAAACCCAUUACUGUCCUUCAAAAUGCAAUGGAAUGUACCACGGACUAUGUCUCGGCUGGCACUCAGGACAUUCUUGGAAGCACAGAAAGCCAGGCUUUUUGAUCACCAUUGGAGCAUAAAAGGACCGUUACUUGUGCAUAGAGGUGAAUACAGAGUGGCUUGGACACCACACCUUCGAAAGCAGUGGCUACAUUUAUCUGCUGUUCAGUGCCUUGCAAAGCAAAGGAAUCUGUUAGAUGCUCAGCCACUUCAGCUGGGGACCCUUCGCCAGGAACAAUGGGAGCAGGACAUUUUAUCCAAGAGGGUUUUAUCUUCCAGUUCCACAUCCCAGGAAACUCCAUCGGAAAAGAAGGAAGAACCAGAUCCUUUACAAGACAAGUCUAUCAGUUUAUAUCAACGAUUUAAGAAAACAUUUAGACAAUAUGGGAAAGUUUUAAUUCCUGUGCAUCUAAUAACUUCUGGGAUUUGGUUUGGAACAUUUUACUAUGCAACUAUAAAAGGAGUGAAUGUCAUCCCCUUCCUAGAGGUCAUUGGGUUACCUGACAGUAUCGUAGACAUCCUGAAAAACUCCCAAAGUGGGAAUGCACUGACAGCCUACGCCAUGUUUAAGAUCGCAACACCUGCCCGCUACACCGUGACCUUGGGAGGAACCUCCUUUACUGUGAAGUAUUUGCGAAGUCACGGCUACAUGUCAACCCCACCGCCUGUCAAGGAGUAUUUGCAGGGCAGGAUGGAAGAGACUAAGGAGCUCAUCACAGAGAAAAUGGAGGAGACAAAGGAUAGACUCACUGAAAAGUUACAAGAAACCAAAGAAAAAGUGUCUCUUAAGAAAAAAGUGGAAUAGGGUGCCUUAUUACAGAAAAUCCUACACUUUAUCCCUCUGUAGACUCUGGGCAAAGAACAUGUUUCUGAUUUUUUUUUUCUUUUUUUUUUUUGGUUACUUGCCUAAACGUAUUCAUUCUCUGGGGGUUAAAGAGCAAAGAUUUUUUUUUUUUAAGUUAAAUAACAAUAGGGGGAAAAAAAAUCAAUGUUUUUCAAAAUGAAGAAAUGAACCCAGCAUACAACAUUUAUAUGAGUUGCAGCAAUAAGCAGUAGUUGAUGUCCUAGAAAUCAGAGUUCUUUUUGCUUCAUUUCUCUGACCCCUGCUGUAAGGCUGUGCUGGGCAGGCCACUCCCAGAGGAACAGUCCUAAGGACCCAGAUCUCUGGGAAUGGAUUUACACCAUUCAGACUCUGGACGUAGAGACUAGAGACACGCCCUACCACUUACCAUGUAGACCUUAUUUCAAGAAGGUCAUGUUAAAAGAAUCAGUCUUACAUUUGUAAAUAAGAUAUGUUGGCUAUAUAAUGAAAUGGAUCUUUUAAAAUGGUUUUUACCUGGAGCUUGUCAACUUACAUUUUUUAAAGCCUGUUCCUUUUCAGUCUUGUCUGUGUGUGGUGGAUGGUCACACAGACUGUCAGACGUUCUUGUAACGUGUCUUCUCCAACUAAUCCUUGGAGAAUCGUGGAAGUUUUAUAUUCUUCAUUAUUGCCAUCACAUACAUCAGCAAGUCAGGUUCACUGUUCUUAACUGCAUCAAGCUUUGAAAGACCACUGCUGAUUUUGGUAGGAGCAAAAGUCUGUAACGGAAUGUGGAGGAGAUGGACGCUCGUAGGUGGCACUCGUAGACAACAGGCAGGUGGAGUGCCCUGUGGUUCAUUGGUUUCCAAGACCUCUCCUGCUGCUGCUUCAACUCCUUCAGGAUUUCGGUCUUUUAUCCCUGGUCAGAACAAAAGAGGCCUGUCUGUCACAGGUACCAUUAGUGUUGUGACUUAGGUUUCUCAUUGGAAGGGGAAAUUAUUGCUUAAAUAGUCUGCUUGAUUUUUUUAUAGCAAAAAGCUCAUUGCUUGUAAUCACUCAGUGACUGUCAGGCAAGUCUCAUGACUAUAGAGUGUCUUUCUGUUUGUGUGUCUUUCCUUCAGGUCUAACCCUUGAUUUGACACUGGGGCAAGAAAUGCCUCUUUAGAGAGUAUUGGCUUUGACUUACCAUCAGGAGAAUGUCAGAGCCCUUGCCACACUGCUAUCCUGUUCAGUGCCUGCUUUGUGUCAGAGUUUAUGUUAAAUGCUUAAUUUAGCCAAAUUUAGGAAAUGGAGGAAUAACUUGACACUUGAGGUACUCAGUCAUUAUAUUGAAACACCAUUGAGGUAAAAAUGCUGUGAAUGUUGAAGUCUUUUUGGGUUGGAAGAAUCAGAGGGGAAUUUGUCCUGUUCUCUCUGCUUUUGUUUGUUGGCAGCCUGAUUAAUCUGAGGCAGAGGUCACUGAGUGCACUGCUACAAACUGAUGGCACACUUUCAAAUACAAUAUAAAUAUGGCAACACACUGGAGCAUGCUUAUUAAAUAGGUACUAAAUGCUGGUGUUUUCACAUGUCCUCCCUUUGAAGCCACCAAGAAUGCUAUGCUAACAUGUGGUGUUACAUAGAAUUCUUUCUCCUAAAACCCUUUAUCUGUUGUAGUGCAUAACUGGAGAGCUCGUAAGACAUUGCUAAUAAUCUGAGACUGCAACUUUCUUAUCCUGAGUCAAUACCUUCUGCCUAGUCCAUUGUAGUCUUAUCACCAUCCAGUUUUAUGUCUGGGUCAUGUGUACCCAGUUAGAGCAGAUGAGGAAAUGCUUGUGUGUGCUUUAAAUUUGAUGAAAAUCUUUCUAAUGAUCUGAAAAGUUACAUUGUUACAAUUUGACAUCAGUUAUGUCAUAAAAAUGUUGUUGCCAAUGUAUUAUCUUUUAGGCAAGAAACAGCUUAUAGGCAACCCUGUAAUGUGUUGAUAGCAGACAACAGUAACAUAUCAACUUAAAUAUUCAAAAUGUAUAAUAUAUAUAGAUUUUUGUAUAUGCUGAACUGCAUUUUAUUUAAAGUGGAUCUUGCAUUUCUCUGAGCUGCAGGGGAACCCAGACAGCGCCAUGCCUGGCGAGCACAUCCCUCUUUUGAAAGAUACACUCAUGCCAUAAAUGGAGCUGUGUUUUAAAUAUGAACAAAAAGCAUUUGACUAGCAAAAUUAAGUUCAAAUGAAGGCUUAGUCUAUUGAAGAAUAAAGCAUAAAACCAGCCUUUUAGAAUAUCACAUCAUUAUUGAGAGCCUUUCGUGCAAAAUGGGGUGCUGUUCAAUUUCACCAAAGGGAAAAGAUGUAUGUUGGGAUUAGCUGCCUCCCACAGUGAAAUAAUAAAACUAAGCCUUCCAAUAUAAUCCCCUGAGUUUUCCAUUAUAAAUCUGCUUCCAUCUUUACAGAGGAAAGAGCUACAUUCUGUAUGCUCAGGGAAACAAGCUGAUUAGUUCCUUGUUUCUGUGGUCUUGGACCCUGGUUCUGGGAAUUUUAAACAUCUUUAUACUUUGGGCAGAUGAGAUGUUUGAAGAAAAGGAAGCUGUGUUAGACACAUUGGACUUCUUUUACUGUUCUAUGCACCAUGUUCAAGUCUUCAGGAUUUCAUAAUGGCUUUGAAUAGAAAACAAACUAUCACAGAUGAUACCAACCAGGAGGGGCUCGAGUGACUUUACAAUUUCAGGGGAGCUCACCUUUUCUAGUGCUUUGCGAAAUAGAGGAGGUUUUUGUAGUAUACACACACAUUUUUGAAUUACUAAGGGGCUCCUAAGUAGAGGUUGGUAUAGCAUCAAAAGAAUAAUGUUCCUGGUAACUACAGUUCAUUUGCUAGUAUUUGUUUUAGAUUUUCAAAACUGGGUCUGCAUACGACCAAAAUUAAGGUAAAUUUAAAUGGUCAAAAGUUCUCCCUGACCUAUUUAAGUGCCCUUCCUUCAUGCCAUUCAGUUGUUGGCAUCAAGAACUCACUGUUGAGUUGACUUAAGCAGGGGCGUGAUGUCAGGGCCAUCCAGGCCUUAGCCUUAGGCCUGACUAGCACAGGAGCGUGCGGUAAGGAUGUGUGGGUCUCGGAGUUGGAAAUUUGCAGAACGGGGCAGGAGAAGCAAUGAGAAGUUUGUCACUUACUCUUCAAAUAGUAACUGUGCUUGGUCUCCAUUGGCCCAUUUGUAUGGUAUUUGCCAAUUUUGAAUUGAGUAGGGUAUCCAUUUAAAAAAAAAAAAGAAAGGGAAGGAAAGAAAGAAGUCAUAAUACCCAAGGGACAGCAAAGUCUAGACCGCGUGUCUUUCCUGAUGAUCGGAAUGGCCUCAGGACACUUCUUUCCCAGAAUCCCUCUUUCACCAUGAACUUUGGCAUGGCCUUUUAAAGAGACUGUCCUCUUAUACUCUGAGCUUCUCACAGGUGAAUGCUGAGUGAGGCGCACUGAGUUGAUUUUCCCUCUGAGGUUUUUUUUUCCUUUUCCUUUGUGACGUCUGUGUCCUUUGUUCGUUCUAACCAGUCAAAACAAGUUGAUAUCUCCUGUGUCUCCAGGAUUGAGCUUUGAAAAUUAAGGUGUAUUCUUCCUUAUACAUCACUGGUAGUCACUAACAGUAAUUACAGAUCCUGAGUAUCCCUUGACAAUUAUUUGGCUAUUUUGAUAAGAGUGAUCCUCUUAGCAGGAAGAAUGCACACUGAUUGUAGAACCCUUGAGGGCAGAGUGGGACAUGGCUUUUUCUGAGGACUCGCUGAAUGGCCUUGAUAAGAAAUGACUAUCAAUCUCAGAGCAUGGCUUCUUAGGGGAUGAGCUGUGGGGAGGAUCAUUGCUGUUUUCUCUGGGAAAUCAGUCCAAAGAACAAACCUCGGGAGAUGAGCAUAUGGCUUGCUCACUGCCACAGCGUCGCCUCUGCCUCCUGGCCACCUUCCUUUGUCCAGCCCUUUCUGCCUUGAAUUUUGCCCGAAUUAAAUGUCAGCAAGCAGUCCCUGAACCGAGGACACAUGCCGGGGGUGUGCCGGUGGACGUCUGCUCAGCAGGGCUAUGAGACUUAACCCUGGUCAAGUGUGCAAACUCACGGAGCAUCCUUCCGAGGGCCCAAAGUGUCCAGCUAAAACCCAACUUCCUUUGUGUUUGAAUAAGAUGAAAUCUCUCUCCCUUUUUAAUCCAUACAUAUAGUAAAAGACACUUUUUGUCACAUUUGACAAUUCCAUAAAGAUGCUGAACAAAACAACAGCAUUUCUGUAUCAUCCUUUUCCAAUUAAAUGUUUAUUCUUAAUCCUGGAUUUGAUUUUAGGUAGGGUAACAGCAUGUUCGUAUGAACAUAGGUUAGCUCUCACCUUGUUUACACCUCUGAGUACUAGAUUGAAGAAUCUAUGACGUGUGUUUGAAUUCAUAUUUCCUUAGGAUUAUUAUUAGGGUGACCAACUUGUCUCACAGCUGCUUUAUUUAUUUAAGGAUGCUGGUAGGGUGUCCUUACCUGCUUGGUAUCCUGGCGAUGGCUCUGUGACCCGGGACCUCAGUCAGCAUGUACAUUCUGUUUCCUUGGAGAAGCAGAGGCAGCUUAGCGCAGUCUCACGCUUGCACUCUUUACUUCUUUUGACCAGUAACAGAUAGGUAUGCAUUAGCCCGAAGUCAAACAUACUGUCAAACAAAUAUACUGUCCACAAAACCUGAUGCAGUGUUUGUUGAACGGGCGAGCACCUUCAUUGGUUGCACUUUAGGGAAGGGGCAUUUUAGAUUGUCACUUCUGUUUUACUUCUGUUUGUACCCCGAUAACUCCAACCCCAGAAUAAGAGCUGUAGAAUUGGUGCUGAGUAGGUCAUGUCAGGACGCUGAAGGCAUGUUACAGUUGAAAAAAAAACAUCAAGACCUGGGUCCAAAGCUCAGCCAGUCCCUACUCAUGUGGCUCCUUCCCCCUUGUGGCAGAUACUUAAGUAUGCCACGUAAGGGACAGUAGAAUUCAGGCCAGUUAUGUUUGUCAGCAACACAUAGCCUGGCUCUAAUGCUGAUAGCCGUCAUCUUUUGGAGUUGAACUUUGUACCUUAAUUCCUUUAGAUUCUACUCUGUUUAUCUUAUUUUUUGAGUAACCUGAAAGGGACCCAGUUAAACUGUCCUGUGGCCUUACUUUAGCUUCAUUUUCUCUUUAGUGUGUGGGUGAGAGACAAAAGGGCCAGCCUUGUGCUGUUUCUCGCCACCAUCUAGUGAAGCUGGCAAAGCACUCGAGUGGCAGCUUUCACACAACUAACACACAACCCAUAUGUGAGACUCUAGUUUCUCUUCCAGUCAUAAAACACCUUUUUGCCUUUUCCUAAAUCCACAUUUGAGAGCACUGAAGAGAAACCCUCAAUCAAAUCUAGAUUUUAUACAUAUAAGUAACAUUAAAUAUCUCACAUAUCACGGAACAUUUGGCCUCAAGAAAUUCUCAGUGUCUCCUUGGUUCAAGAUGAGUCCACCUCCUUCCUGCCCAUGUGUAAUACCGGACAGUGGCCAUGAUGUCUGAAGCUCUGUCAGUAGCAUGCUUGAAGCCAGCUGAGACUUAUUUUUCCAUUUAAUUGCUGCCGAUUGCUAAAACAUCAGAAGCCAUUGGAAACUGGUAUUUAUGGAAAAUUUAGUGAAGUUCAAGAUAUCCUCAGGAAAUACGAGGUUUCACCAAAAAAUAGUGCUUUCCUACUGUGCGUCCCAUGAAAAUGAAAUUUUAAGUAAAGCCUGUGGUACAUUUAUUAAGAGGGCAGAUUUCCUAUGAAGUAUCCCCCAGCCCCAUAAAAGGAACACAGAACUGUGGGCAGCAACGCAGAACUGUGUAUUCUUCACUGCCUCGGCAGAUGUGUGCCUUGUGUACAGCGACAACAUCCACAGGUCCUGCGCCCAGGAGACUGUGUGUGGCUAAUGUGCCCAUUCCUUCAGGUUGGAUAGCAAGAAUGAUGGGACCUCAUUGGCCAGCAGUUGUCAUUUCAUGUGGACACUGAGGAUCUAGUGGGCUGCUGCCUCUGCCUUAAGUGGCCCCUUGUCUUUAGCUCUGCUUGACUGAAACAAUUGUGCAUGCUUUGUUAAAUGAAUGUUUGGAACUACCUCCAGCUCAGGACAUUGAUUAUCUGAGGUGAGCUCUUGAACCAUCUAAAGCCUGCUGAGCCCAAGGUCCGAGCUGCUCUUUGCUGUGUGUAGUAAGUAUUUAUAAAACCAAGUCACCUCAGAACCCCACUGCCAAAGAUUUUGUGGCAAAUAGCAUGUCCCAACUUACCUCAGGGUAGCGUGAGAUUCUCAGCACGUGGGGACCAUGUUGGGUUGGCGGUCCCUGGAAGAGUGGGGCAGCAUGGUUAUGCUUGGGUUUCCAGCCACACUUGCUGUCUGUUCCGGUGAUUGUUUUAUACUCCCAAAUGGUUGACAACUGAAGAAAUGCUAAGUGAGAACACUAUGUGACAGGUUAAAUUGCAGGAGCCACUGAACAUAACUGCUGUGGUGUCGAAGGAUUUUAAGGGAAUUCUCAAGGUCUUUGGGGUGUGUAGUGUAGGGUAGUUAUCGCUGGUGUAGUCACAUUAUUAGGACCAGCUUUUACUGUUACUUUUUUUUUUUUUUUGGAGGGAAGUAAAACAGAGCAAAUGAAAUUUACAUUCUUGAGGCAAAAGUUAAAGUCUUGACAAAAAUGCAGCAUUUGAAACUGAAUUUCCAAAUACAAGGGCUUUUACUUUAGGGGCUGAUGUUCCAAAGUGUGUGUUGUAAUGAGACUCUGUAAGCCAAUAGCUCAAGACAUUAGAAUGAGGAAAAUGUAAUGUGUUUUAAAUAAUGUAAUUCAAGUAAUGGGUUCUUAUAACCUGUUAAUGCAAGUAUUAUCACCGAGAGAGAAUUACUGUUUUCAAAGCCAGUGUGAGCUGCUGUCUGAAAGGACUUUGUUUUCUGUAGCAGGUCUUACCAGAGGUCUUCAGAGCUUGCUAGGGCCUCAGCCAGGGGACCUGGGCAGAAGAUAGUCCCACAAGGCACUCUCCAUUGUGAACUGGAGUCCCAGCCUCCUGCUCUGGGCUCACAGCCUUCUUGUGUCAAACCCUAUAUAACUCCUGGCAUCCUCCUACUUUUCCUGAAGCGACCGAGAACCUGGGUUGUUUUGUUUUUCUUUGAGAGGAACUCAAAUCUGUCAGUACUGAAGUCAUGAGUACCAGCAGCAGAGGGGAGGGAGAGCCUGACACCUGUCACCCUUUGCUCAUGUGAUGUUAGCUUUGGGAGAUCUGGAGACAGUGUCUCCCAUGAGCUGCUGAAUUGAGGAAUUCUCUGAGAGCAUAGUGUGGUUUUACUGGUGACUAAGGAUGAGAGCCCCUGGAUUUAUUUGCUUGUUACGUUUUAUAAACCCCUUACCAAAAUAACCUUACUCUGAAUCUAAGAGGAUGUUAGGACUAGUAUUUGGGCCCAACCACUAUUCCAGUAAGGCCUUGGAAUUUUGUUGGUUCAUUAUGAAUGUGGAAAAAGCAUUCUAUUCUCAUGCAAAAUUCACCUUUUCUCAUUGUGUGGUAGGUUGUGUGGGGUUAGUGAAUCCUCAUAUCUGGAAUCUGUACACUUACCCAAUAUACAUACAUCAAUACUCUCAGUGUAGGUCACAGCACAGCUGAAAGCCUCCACCAUCAGGGGAUAGUAGGCGUUUGUUGACAGGCCUACUAAGCACGCUGUGUGACAGCCAUCUAAAGCCCCUAUGGGGUUGAUGUUCUCAGGAACCAGUUCUGAAUGUCCUGUGUUAGAACUCAGGAUUGAGAUCAUUGUGAUCUAUCCAGGUUUCUAACACACCAGAAACUCCUCUUAAAAAGUUAGCAGCAGACCAGUGAGAUCGGGACUGAAGGCGUUCACUGGCAAGCAUGCUCUUGGAACUCAGAUGGUAGACAGACCCGACUCCCCCAGAUUGUCCUCACCAUACAUGAGCUGUGACACAAGCACACGUCUGUGUGCAGACACUCAGACCAAUAUUUUAAAGCCAGUAAUUAGGGAAUGAUCAGCAGUAUCCUUUGGGUUGGUUUGUAGUCCAAGGAAGAGCUCUUUCUUGAGUUCUAUCUCCAACACCACAAACAAUAGGUAUUUCCUGAGACUGGUCAUACAUCAGUUUUCUAUUUGUUGUAUCUGAAAGGUGAACAAACAACCCCAGGGGACAGAUUAUUUAUCACUGAUUAUUUUUAAUGAUUUUGUGCUAUGAUUUGACCAUGGCAUUAAGAACAAGCAGAAAACCUGAUUUCAUAACUAACAAACAGCACUUGUGCAACAUCUUUCAUCAAAAGUAUUGCAAUUACAGACCUGAGGUCUAAACCACAUCGCCGCCGGGGCAAAAGAUGCAGGUGGAUGACAGCAGAGAAUCACUUCCCAUAUAUAAGCAGGAAUUAUGUUAAAGAGUAAGCAUAUGGUUGUUUAAACACAAAAGGACUCCCGACUUCUGAUCAUCAUAGCUCACAGAGAUCGGAAGGUUCAAAUACAAUUGUAUUUUUUUUAGUAGAUUGCUUUAUAAUAAAAAUAAAAUGAACUAAA